GCUGUCCGCAUCCACCAGUGGCACAUUGACGGUUGACAACUGACAAGGACAGGACAUUCCAAUCUCCAUCCUCUGAUCCUCAUGUCGAAUUGAGUCGAUUCAUUCCCCUUGGCCGCCGUUAUAUCUUCGUCGCAUCUAUCCUAGCCUAGUCAUGGAUGUACUCCGUCGAUUUUCCCUCCGAGGACCACCAUAAUAGACACCAUGUCAUUCAAGAGAUCCAGAGAAGCGUUCGAGAAUGACUCCGCUCCAUAUGUCAUCUACGGGACGGCGCUUCCACAGUACGACCCAGAAUCCCGCGACGAUGGCUCCUAUGUCCCUCUCUGGAAACAGGAGGUGCGCGACGAGAGGGGCCGGAAACGCCUUCAUGGCGCAUUUACCGGAGGUUUCAGUGCUGGAUACUUCAAUACGGUAGGCUCCAAGGAAGGAUGGACUCCAUCAACCUUCGUCUCCUCCCGCACCAACCGCGCCGCAAAACAACCCGUCCCGCAGCGCGCCGAAGAUUUCAUGGACGAGGAGGACCUGGCCGAAGCGGCCGAAGCGGAGAAGCUGAUGACGGCCGAGAACUUCGCGGGGCUGGGGCUGACGGAAGAGGAUGCCGGGAGGAAAGGGAAGAGUAUUUUCACGGACUCCAUCACGAGCAGCGGUGCGAGUAUGGGCGUGAAGUUGCUCCAGAAAAUGGGUUGGCGGUUGGGACAGGGACUUGGGCCACGGGUGCGGCGGAAAGCUCGAAUGGACGAUGAAGGGCGCGGCCAGACCAAAAACGGGGACGAGGAAACGCACCUAUUCGCUCCCGAGAACUCGAAAGUGAUUACCUACCACAAGAAGUCCGACACAAAGGGGUUGGGAUAUAGCGGAGAAGCGAGGCGGCUUGAUGAAACCUCGAAAGAGGAUGAGAAUGUCGAAGAGGACAACGAGGAUCGCAUUUUCCAAUCCCGGAAAUCAAAGAUCACCCUAGGCAAGCCUUCGGCGAAAAAGUCAAGCUUUGGAGUCGGUGUUCUCAACGACACCGGCUCGGACGACGAAGAUCCGUAUGCCAUCGGCCCUAAGAUAUCCUACAACCGGACCAUCGGAGGCAGUAAGAAAUCGAAGAAGGCCGAGAAAGUGAAAACCUCAUCCACCACCGCCAACCCACUCCUCCGCGCCAAACCCGUCUUCCUCUCCAAGAAGAUCCAAGACCGUACCGCAGGCUUCCACAAAUGCCAUGAUGGCCGACUCCCUCUCAAAGGCUUCAUCCUCGCCACCCAACCAUACGUGCAAGGUCAAACCUUCCCGCCACCAAAAGUCCCCGACGGCUGGACAUCCUCGCGCGAGGGGGGUGACCAACCUUCCCAACCCGAUCCGGAGACCUACCAAUCGCUCCGCGACGUCGCCAAGGCCUCCACGCUCGACCCCCGCGCUCGCGCCGCCCUCCUCGGCGAGGCCGCCCUCCCAGGGAAAUCGAUCUUCGACUACAUCUCCCCGGCCGCCCGCGCACGCCUCGCCGCGGCGUCCGGACGCGGCGACCUCCCCCUUGCAAAAGGUGAGGCGCCGCCGCCGGAGCAUCGGAAGAGCGAGGCGGACAAGCGGAAAGAUCUGCGGGAUGUGAUCCCGGAAUUGGAUAGGGAGAGUGCGGUGGGGGCGCUGAGGAGGGGGGGGAGUGGGUGGAUGCCGUACGCGGACGACGAGGCGAAGCGGGGGAGAUAUAGGGCGUUUCUGGAGUUGUCGGCGGGGAUAACGGAGACGAUCCCGGAGAAGGCGGCGGGGGUGUCGAGGGAUGACUAUCUGAGGGAGAUGCAUGAAUUUCUUCGUGCCGCGCGCGUGUUCAAGCCAAUGACGGGCAUGAUGGCGUCGAAGUUCACCUCCUCGUCACGCGCGUUCGAAGGGUCCAACGAUUCAGGGGACGACUCCGUGUUGCGGAAGCCGGAAGCGAAGCCGAGUGAUCCCGCCGAGGAGGCCGCGAAGCUCGGAAUGUUUGGGCCAAUGACGAGAAGUGUACAGCAGUUCUAUCCGACGCGGCUACUGUGCAAGCGGUUUGGCGUCCGACCGCCCGACCAUGCGCAACAAGACCAAGAAGCCGGGCAGGAGGGCCCGAUGUCCGAUUUCGUGCCAAACCAGCCCCUAGACGUCGUUUCCAAAGCGACUAUGCAGGAGAUGAUGCGCGAGUCGGCGGCGAAUCGAACCGGUGGUAACGCAGAGCAAGGCGUGGUGGAUAUUCCGGCCCCUGUGGUGGUCAAUGUGGAGAGGAACGAAGCGCUAGAAGGAGAUCGUCCGGGAGAUGCAGUCUUCCGAGCCAUAUUCGGUGAUGAUGACGACGAAGACGAAGAAUGAAAUAACUUGCAUUAAAGUCUGAUCCUGUCCACAUUCUCAUCAUCGUAAACUUGCCGCUACAUGAUCGGCGGUAUAUCCCUCGCGACGUCCUCGCUUUCCAAAGGCACCAUCGCAAGCCUCUCCGCCCAAUCCCUCCGUCCAGUUUCCUUGAUCAACUCCUUCGCCAUGUCCCCCCUUCGCUCAUAGUACUCCCUUCCCACCACACGCAUCACCUUCCCCUUGAUCACCAAAUCCCCUGUCAUCGCAUUCCCCGCUUGAACCAAGAACGUCUCCAACACGAGCAUCCCGACGAAGAUUCCUUUACCCACAGGACUGAUCAUCCCUGACAGCACGAUCGCCCCAUACACCAACAAGAGCACCACGGCCAUGAGCGCUUCCUCCACGAAACUCAUCG